AUGUUAUUGAUAUUAUUGCUGUCAAUUUUAAUUUAUGUCUACCUUUUCUCACGAGGUAAGAGAUAUUCGGGUCGACUCCCUCCAGGUGCGUUAGGACUUCCACUGAUUGGGCAAAAUUUCGAGCUUAUGAAGGCCUUGAAAGCCGACAAGGCAGAGGAAUGGUGUCGCAAAAGAAUAGCUAAACACGGUCCUAUUUGGAAAGCGACUUUGUAUGGAGGCCCAACAGUUGUUUUACAUGGCGUAAAAGCAAAUAAAUUUGUAUUUACUUGUGAUGAGAACAUACUCACUAACUCACAACCACCAUCUGUAAGUAGGAUGUUGGGUAUGAAAAAUAUAUUGGAAUUGACUGGAGAUGAUCACAAACGAGUUAGAGGAGCCCUAGUUUCCUUUUUGAAGAUUGACGUUUUGAAACAAUAUGUCGUAAAGGUAGACGAAGAAACUCAAAACCACCUUAAGACUCAUUGGCAUGGUAAAGAAGAGGUCCAGGUACAGACCCUAAUGAAGACCUUAACUUUCAAUGUGAUUUGCUCACUUCUAUUUGGGAUUGAAAGAGGAGCCAAAAGAGAGAAAUUUCUACCCCUUUUCGAAGAUGUAAUCAAGAGUUUUAUAGCACUCCCAAUAAACUUGCCCUUCACUCAAUUCAGCCGCGGACUUAAAUCAAGAAAGAAACUAGUAACGUUGCUCGUAGAUCUCAUACAGGAGAAAAGAGAUGCACUCAACAAACAAAAGGAACAAGUUAAUCCUCACACGGAUUUAAUCACUUCAUUGCUUAGCAUUUGUGAUAAAGAUAACUCACCAACGAUGUCUGAUGAGGAGAUCAUUGACAACAUCAUGAUUGUCAUGGUUGCCGGGUACGAUACAACCUCUAUACUUCUUGCAUUGUUGAUGAGACUUUUGGCUAACAAUGAAUCCAUCUACUCCAACAUUGUUGAAGAGCAAGAAGAAAUUUCCAAAAGUAAAGCGCCUGGGGAAAGUUUGACUUGGGAAGACCUUACAAAGAUGAAUUACACAUGGAGAGUAGCCUCCGAGAUGCUUAGAGUAAACCCUCCCGUGAAUAUAACCAUUCGACGAGCUGCUAAAGAUAUCGAGUAUGAAGGAUACAUGAUCCCAAAAGGAUGGCAAGUGAUGUUGUUUCCAUCCAUAACAUAUAUGGAUGAUAGCAUUUUCCAAAACCCAACUCUGUUUAAUCCGGCCCGUUUUGAGAAACAUAGUCCGCCACUGCCACCUUUCAGUUUGUUCCCAUUUGGAGCUGGUCGAAGAAUGUGUCCUGGUAUGGAGCUCGCAAAGAUAGAAACUUUGGCCAUGAUUCAUUAUAUGGUGACAUCGUUCAAGUGGGAGCUUGUUAACAAAGACGAGUCUUUCAAAAGAACCCCACUGCCAGAAUUCGAUCAAGGGUUGCUUAUUCGAAUUAGGCCUAUAAAAUAGUCAUGUGUCAUAUGAUCAGUCAUGUGUCAUAUGAUCAGUGUGAAUGAAGGUGGUUUGGGUCAACCCUCGGGCCUAAAAACGCCAUUUUUUAUACAUGUUUUCGGUUUUUGGACUUAUAUAUUGGUCUAACUUUCGGCUCACUUAUGUUUUUAAAAGCCCAUUCGAAUUUUGCCACCUAUCUUAUAUGUCUUUAAACCAUGGGAG